AUGGACGGAGAAGGAGGACGUGGCGCUGCGGCGGGCGGCAGAACUGGGCGGCCAUCGCGGGCGCGGUGGCCGGGCGCGGCGCCAAAGUCGUGCCGGCUGCGGUGGUGCCAGCACCUGGCGCCGGAGCUGGACAGCCGCCCCUUCACGCCCGAGGAGGACGCGCGCAUCGUCGAGCUGCAGCGCGUGCACGGCGACAAGUGGGCCACUAUCGCGCGCUUCCUCCACGGCCGGUCCGACAACGCCGUCAAGAACCGCUGGAACUCCGCGCUCCGCAAGAUGCAGCAGGGCUACCCCGCCGCCGCCGCCGCGGAGGACGACGCCGACGGCACCGAGGACACCGACCGUCAGGCGGAGGCCGUGGCGUGCCUCGAUCUGUUCCCACUGAGUGCUGGAGCGAUGGGGGAGGCCACUGCGGCAGAUCGGUUGGUCGUACGUGAGGAGGAGGGCGACGUGGCGGUGGAGCCGAUCGGCCUGAAGCUGGGGUCGCCGGGGCUGAGCGAUGCGGAGCUGGCGCUCAGCCUGGGGCCCGUGCGGCCAUCGCCGAAUCGUGGAGAAGCAGCUUGUGAGCGCUAUCAUCUAUUGGUGGAUCCAUGUGGUCUAAAGUUUAGUUGA